AUGUCCGCCAUUACCUUUACCGUCGCUAUCUUCUUUCCUUCACUCGUCUCUUUGACUAGCAAGCUAUUCAAACAAAAAUUCAUUACACUUGAUUCUCGAUGGGAAAGUCUUGUUUGGAACUGGCGUCUUUUGAAAUUGAACCUUGCAUUUCCAGAGAAACUUGAAGACUGGUACUACAAGGACUGGGACAGAAUGGAGGAGAGCAUGAUUUAUGUGCAAAGUGUUUGGGUGUUCAUACUCCCGUUCUUUGCCUCUCGAGGAUAUACUACGUACCAAAGGCACCCUACCAAUUUCACAGAGCUUGUAGCCCCUCCCUUCCCUCCUGUGGCCCGGAAUGCGGCAUACCCUUAUGCUCGCCAGGUCCCGACUAAUGUACAGGAAUCAAAAAUGAUAUGGUCACUACGUGUAUGGGCUGCUCGCGAUGCCCUGGGAAGGGACGUCGUCAUAAAGUUGAGUUUCCUUUUUCACAUUCUGGGCUAUUCUGAUGUUUUCUACGUUAGGAUAAUUUCGGAAGUAGACAAUCCAUCGCAAGAGUUGAAAGUCAUGCAACGACUCAAUAGCGAAAAGUUGAGGUCCGACCCAGCCAAUCACACGAUUUAUGCCUUGGAUUUUCUUACUUUCGAUAAAUUUGUCUUCGUGGUGAUGCCUAGAUGGGAUUCUUCCUGGGCACCCGAAUUCGAGAACGUUUCUGAACUCAUGCAUUUUGCCUAUAUAUGUUUCCAGACUUUCGACUUUUUGCAUCGCAACAGAAUUGUACAUCUUGACUUCCUUGUACAGAAUAUCGGCAUGAAUGUUGUAAUUCAACACACAGAAAUGUUUCGUCGAACUGGACUGCGAAAACGAGAUGAGGUUCGAUAUGCCCUCUUUGACUUUGGUGCUUCUGUGGCUUUCCCGGAAGAUACUGUUAUCGAGGACACAUUUACGACAGACUAUCUCUGGUUUGGCGUGCACAACAUACAGGAGGAUUCAGUCAAAUAUCCUUACAAUCCAUUCAAAGCAGACAUCGCUUUUCUAGGCACCGCUUUGCAAACAUAUGUUACACAUAUUGAAAACCUUGUUCCUGAACUUGGUCCAUUCUUUGAGUCACUAAUUGAUAUGAAUGACCCGAAACAGCUCUCAGCCAGUCAAGCACUGGCUAAAUUCACAGAUAUAUGUGACCGUAUAAGUCCUGAUGUAGCUCAGGCAUCAUUCGAUACCAGGGCAUGGAAGAAUGGUCAGUGCAAGUCUGCGUUUGACGGAAUCAAAAACAAAACUGAAGCUGUUAUUCCAGGUACAGUCAAGAAGAAAGACGGAGAAGUUAUAACGAUUCUCUAA